AUGAAUGUCAUCCUAAAUAUCAUCACCAUUGUUGUUUUUGUGAAGAAGAAGCGUCAGCAACAGCGGCGGAGUACAUAUUUGAUCAUCCAUCUGGCGAUAGUUGAUCUCUUGGUUUCUCUUUUUGUUAUCUGUGUAUCUUACAUCCUCAUUGCUAUAAAAGCCGCGGGUAACAAAUACAACCGUAUUUCUAAUAGCGGCACCGGGAAGAGGAGCAGAGUUCAGAAAAUGCAGCGUUUGUCCUCAGCUUCAGAGUGUAUUCCAUGGCUUGUGGUCCUCAUCAUCGAGUGUCUGGCCAUAGUCAUCCUUAAUAUCAUCACCAUUGUUAUCUUUGUGAAGAAGAAGCGUCAGCUACAGCGGCGGAGCACAUAUUUGAUCAUCCAUCUGGCGAUAGUCGAUGCCUUAGUGGGCGUAGUCUCUGGGCCGCUACAGAUUGAAAUAGGAAUGUCGCAGUUCUGUCCUCUAUGGAAUCACAGACAAAAGACUAUUUCGUCUCAGCAUUUAUCUUUUGCAUUUGUAUAUUUAUUCUCGUCCACUUCCCUUACAAAUCUUACUGCUAUUUCCUUAGAGCGGCUACACGCCACAUUUUGUCCUCUUAGGCAUCGCUUUGUGAGGAAAUGGGUUUAUAGAGCCAUAAUUAUUGUCAUUUGGUUAAUAACUAUUGUUAGAGAGGUCGCUCAAAUUUUCUUAAAGGGAAUCGCUGAUCGAGCUGUAAUUAAUACUUACUUGUACAUCCUAUUUUAUGCAGUUUCUUUAUUUGUUAUCUGUGUAUCGUACAUCCUCAUUGCUAUCAAAGUACGAUGUAGUCGUCAUCCUCAAUUCCAUUCUAGGUCCAAACGAGAAAGAAAACUGACGGGUACUGUGCUUAUCGUCACACUUGUGUCGUUACUUUGUUUUCUACCAGCGAUGAUAUAUGUAGCAUGUCUUCGCGUUUCCUUCACUUGUUUCAGAAAUUUUCAUAUUGAUAUGGCUGCGUUAGUUCUAUUUUUGGCCAACUCACUUGUAAAUCCUAUAAUAUACUCUCUUCGGAUGCUAGGAUUCAGAGAAGGUUUAUUACAGUUAGUUUACAGGGUCCCAGACCUUUCUUGUAUCGCCCCAGCAAACCUGCCACUUCGUAACCUUAGAAGAGCAUAG